CCCAGAGCGUGUUUGGUCAGAAGCGAGAGAUGGGCGAGCGCGGUCUCAGCAUCAAGACCGACGGGACCAAGCAUGCGUGGGAGUCGGGCGGCGCCGAUGAGUUCCCGCAGCUCUGCGAAGGUUGCCUCGGCGAAGACCCGUACGUGCGCAUGAUGAAGGAGUCGUUUGGGCGGCAGUGCAAGACGUGCGACCGCCCGUUCACGGUCUUCCGCUGGAAGCCGGGCAAGAAGGCGCGCUACAAGAAGACCGAGAUCUGCCAGACCUGCGCCAAGAUCAAAAAUGUGUGCCAGACGUGUGUCUUAGACCUGCAGUACCAUCUGCCUGUGCAGGUCCGCGACGCCUUCCUCUCGGAGCAGGAGCGCCAGAACGUGCCCCUGAGCGAGGCCAACCGCGAGUACCACGCGCAGCAGCACAACCUCAUGCUCGAAGACGAAGGCCUCGUCUCCGCGUAUGGCAAGUCGUCAGCGCCCAACCAAGCGCUUCUUCGCAUGGCCCGCGUCGAGCCGUACUACAAGCGCAACCGCCCGCACUUCUGCUCGUUUUUUGCGCGCGGCGAGUGCAAGCGCGGUGAGAUGUGCCCGUACCUGCACGAGAUGCCUCCGCCCAAGGGCAGCGCACUCGCAAAGCAGAAUAUCAAGGACCGUUUCCACGGCAAGAACGACCCCGUCGCCGAGAAGAUGCUCGCGACAGAAGGCAAAGCGCUGCAAAUCAACCGCCGCCGCCGUGGGAUCCCGCCGCCGCCGCCUCCGCCGCCUGUCGUUGAAGCAGAACCAACGAGCGUACCGCCGCCACCCGCGUCGACGUAGUAUCGCAGCGGUGAUCCAUGCAUAACUAAUAAGCACUUGUUUC